AAUAUAAUAGUAAUAAUUUUUUGCAUUCAAAGUUUAUCUUGUGAUACAUCGAUUCUCUAUCCGAUUGUGGCUGAACUUCGUGUCUUCAAGACGGAUUAUGAACUUAAUAUUAUACGUUAUGUUUGCAAGGUAGCAUCAGAAGCACAUAAAGCUGUAAUGAAAUCAGUGAAACCCGGAAUGUAUGAAUAUCAAUUGGAAAGUGGAUGUAAUAGUGCAAUCCUACAUUAUGGCCAUGAAAAUGCACCAAAUACGAAAGAAAUCAUCGAUGGUGAAUUAUGUUUGUUUGAUAUGGGUCCCGAGUAUAACUGUUAUGGUUUGUUUGCUUAUUGA